AUGAAAGAAAAAGAACCUCAUAUGGACGAUUACGUUGAAAAAAAGUACAUUAAGGCUAAAGAGCCUGUAACUGUGGAAAAAUCAUCAGAAGAAGAAUUUCUUCAAGAUAUUUGGAAAGAUAAAGUUCGUGAGACAAGAGAAAUGAUAGCAAAAAGGCGAUAUAAUCAAAUUAUGUUUAUUAAAAAUGAAAUGCAAAAGGUAGCUUCAGUGACUACAGGUGAAGAGGAACAAGAAAGUGGAGAUGAUAAACCAGCUGUAAAUGUAGCUCGAAUUAUGACUAUUAAAAAUCAACUUCAAGAAAUAAUCUAUGGCAUAAAAGAAUUAACAGAAUCAUUUGGGGAAACAUUAAAUUUCGAAGAGAAAAAGGAUGCAAUAUUAAAAGAAACAGAAAAAGCGUUUGAUGAAUAUUUGACAAUAAAAUUGGAAAACGUAAGAACACAGAACGAAGAUAUUCUCGUAUCGCAAAUGGGAGCCGUUACAGGUGAACAAGACGAGACAAUUCCUAAAAAAAUUCCUGUGCUUCCAAAAAAAUUGCAAAAGAAAAUGGAAAAAAUGAGCGAUAGUUAUAUGCAACCAAUUGUCGAUGAUUUGGAUGGUAAGCCGGAAAAAAAGAGAAGACCAUUGAAGAGUAAAGAUAAACGCAUAUCUGAUUCAGAUUCGACUACCCCAUCCGAAACUCGUCCACAUAAAGAUGUCCAAGGUGCAUUGGACAGAGAAGUUGCAGAAGUUUUCUUAGAGGAGUCUAAGAAAUAUGACACCAUGGGCGUUGAAAUUGAAACUACACACUCGGAUCAGCGGCAGUAUAAAGAUGAAAGUCGCGUUCCGGAUUUACAUCGACGAACAACAAUUGAUCGCACAGAUCACGGACUUCCGGAUUUACCACAAAGAAAAACAAGUGAUACUCCUCUUGAGAUGCCAACUAAAAUAAUAGGUUUGCAGCCUACGGAAAUUAAGGCCCGUCCACUUAGUACGUAUUCUAAACGUCAGAGUAUAGAUGAAAGUCAAAUAUUAGAUCAGCAAACAACAAGUGGAAGAAAAGUGGCAGAAAAAGCACCAGUUCUUGAGAGUUAUCAGGAAACAUCAGACAUCACUGAACAGAAAGAAGUGAUUGACGAAAAAGAUAAAGAUGCAAAAUUGAAAAUAAAGACUCAAAAAGCGGUUUCUAUACAUAGUGAGGACGUUACUCCAUCAACUUCCAAAGGGACUCCUACUGUAUCAACGGAUGAUCUGACUCCGCCAUUAGAGUCUGAUGAUAGCUAUAGUCAUUCAACAGAGGGAAAACAAAAACGAUUCGUCCCUAAAAGAAUUAAAAUACCAAAAAAAGAAACUUUUGAGCCAAAAUUACCUACCAUAGAUUCACAAAACAGAAGUCUAGAAGAUGUAAAACAAAGUUUAAGUGAAAAAAAAAUUAUGGCUGAAGUAUCAAGACGUCUUCAAUUAGAAAGGGAACGAAAAUAUGCUGUUGAGGAAGUGCCAGAGGAUCAUAAUUCUAAAAAAUAUUUAAAAAAUAAAUUGGGUUAUCUAUUAAUUCCUGGUUUAGUCGAUAUUUUACGAAAACGACCAGCAGAUCCUUGUGAUUAUUUAAGAAAUUACAUAACAGAGAAUAAGGAUAAAGCUAAAAGAAGACAUGAAACUAGAAAAAAGCAAGAACAAUUGUUUGAAAAGAAAUCACUACUUUUAGAAAUACAUAAUGAACUUCAUAAACGUAUGGUCAAUCAAAAGAAUCAAUUAAAAAUUUUAGAUGUUUUACAAAUGGAUGAACCUAAUCAGCAAACUACUAUCGAUGACAUGUUAGCUAUAAUGACUGAAUCAGAUGUUGCAUAUGAUAGUGAUUGA